CAUAAGUUUUCCAAUGUUCGCCUCAGCAGACAGAGGCGGCAGCCGCUCGAAUCUCAUUAAGACCUGAGACUACGCUUCCCUGCCACAGUUUUUCAGUGUCAGAACAGGAGCCGUGGUUUGCACACAGAAUUAAAAAUCUGGGAAAACUGUGGAGCUGUACCUCUGCCGACUUUGGAAAGUUCGCUUUUCGGGGCCCGCGUGGAGCUGUGGAGCGGCGAAAUGCAGGCGCGCUACUCCGUGUCGAGCCCGAACUCUCUGGGCGUCGUGCCCUACAUAAGCAGCGAGCAGAGCUACUACCGAGCCGCCGGUGGAGGGUACGCCGGGAUGCCGACCCCGAUGAGCAUGUAUUCCCACGCACCCCACGACCAGUACCCCUCCAGCAUGGCGCGCGCGUACGGACCGUACACCCCGCAACCUCAGCCGAAGGAUAUGGUCAAACCGCCGUACAGUUACAUCGCCCUCAUCACCAUGGCCAUCCAGAACUCGGCGGACAAGAAGGUGACCCUGAACGGGAUCUAUCAGUUUAUCAUGGAGAGGUUUCCCUUUUACAGGGACAACAAGCAAGGCUGGCAAAACAGUAUUAGACACAACUUGUCGCUCAACGAGUGCUUUGUCAAAGUUCCCCGCGACGACAAAAAGCCAGGCAAGGGCAGCUACUGGACCCUGGACCCGGACUCCUACAACAUGUUCGAGAACGGCAGCUUCCUGAGAAGGAGGCGGCGGUUCAAGAAGAAGGACGCCGUUAAGGAGAAGGAGGAUCGGACGACUAAGGAGGCGCAGCCCCGGCAGCCCGGUCGCGAGCAGGAGCAGCAGCUCGUGCAGGGCUCGCAGCCGGUGAGGAUCCAGGACAUAAAGACGGAGAACGGCCCCGCGACGCCCCCGCAGGCCGUUUCCCCCACCCUCAGCACCGUGCCCAAAAUCGAGAGCCCGGACAGCAGCAGCAGCAUGUCCACCGGCAGCCCGCAUAGCAUCCCGUCCAACCGGUCGAUCAGCCUGGACACCUCCGAGCAUCACCACCACGGCCAGGCGUCUGGUCAGGGAUUCAGUGUGGACAACAUUAUGACUUCCCUCCGGGGGUCUCCUCAGAGCGCCACGGAGCUCAGCUCAACCCUCGUGGCCUCCUCCAGGACAGGUAUAACGCCCUCUUUGUCGCUCAACUAUUCAAACCAAAAUUCCGUCUACAGCUCGCCCUGUAACCAAAACGCCAUUUCCACUAGCUCGAACGCGACGUACCAUUGUAACAUGCAAGCCAUGAGUUUGUACGCCGGGGAUCGGUCCGGCCAUCCGACAACUACAGUGGACGAAACUUUGCCCGAUUACUCCAUCACGACCACCACGUCCUCGCUGAGCCAUGGCAAUCUAAGCACCGGCCAGGACGGGCAUCACGCACCACAGGGCCGGCUCGCUUCAUGGUACCUAAACCAGACUGGGGAUUUGAGCCAUCUCGGUGCUUCGUACCCCGCGCAACAGCAGAACUUCCACUCGGUCCGAGAAAUGUUUGAAUCCCAGAGAAUUGGCUUGAAUAAUUCUCCUGUCAACGGGAAUAACAGCUGUCAAAUGUCUUUUCCCUCGAGCCAGUCCAUCUACCGCACAUCCGGGGCUUUCGUGUACGACUGCAGCAAGUUCUGACCAAACCAUUUUCAUUUGUCCAUCGUUUUUAUUUUUUUUCACAUUUUUUUACAUAUUGCCCCUCAAAGGACUCAAAACACUACCGAGAGACAGAAAUCCUAAUCUUGGUAUUAAAGGGUUACUCCCAGUGUUACUCCAGAUAACACGUAAGUUUCCUCUCGAUUAUGUUAACAUAGACAUGUCAGGAUUUCUUGGACUUGUUGUUACGUGUAAAUUGCAUAUAGUAAUUUAUUUGAAAUGUGUAGUUGGAUUUU